UCACGUUCUAACGAGAGGCAAAAAAAAAUCAAGAUGUCUGCGCCCGUCAGAGUCUUUUUGGCCACCACGAAGCGAUUAGUAUUGGGAAAUUAUAACUUUCCAUCGAGAUUUGUGUCAACAACAUCACCAGUAAACAGUGAACCUUCUCUACCACAGUAUACAGACUAUGAGGUUUCUAAAGAAGACUUUAAAUAUGUUAAGAAACUUCUGCCCCCAGGAACAGUUCCUGAGCCACCGGAAGAUGGCAAACCCACGACAACUGGCUGGGUUCCACAGACAGGCAACAUCAACGAAAAAAUCUACUGGAUAAGGCGAACAAAGAAUCACAUGCUUCCUGUUUACUUGGGAGAAAAGAAUGGAGGUGCGAGUCAGGUCACCAGUAUCAGAAAAAUAGAAGGGGACAUUUGGGCAUUUGAUAAAGACCUCCGUCAUGCGGUAGGGAAGAUGGUCAGCAAGAGGAUGCUCACACAAAUUAACGAAGUGUCCAGAACUAUAAAACUAAAGGGAAACUAUAUGAAAGAAGUUGGAGAGUUCCUUGUGAAGCAGGGACUAUAACUCUGCAAGGAGAAUAGAAAUGUAGGAUCUGUGAGGAAAACUAGAAAUGUGUGAUCAACCCCAGACAAAAGUGUAAGAAAUGAGUGUAAAGUGUCGACCGAGUGUACGGUAUCUGUGACUAGGUGUAAAAGAUGAGUGUUAAGUGUAUAGAUGCAUGAUGAGCGUUGAUGGAUACAUUUUAUGUGGUUUGUGUGCUAUAAUAAAAUCUAUGAAAUCAA